AUGGCCUCGUUGAGAGGUAAACAUGGCUAUUUUGAAUCUUGUUCUACUUACACUGAUAAAGAGAACUACUUUCUAGUUGAUUCUAGAUAUGAAAUCAUUAGAGUUUUAGGCAAAGGUUCUUAUGGAGUAGUUUGUUCUGCAGUGGACACCAAGAGUUUGAGCACUGGGCUCGAGCAUAAACUUGCCAUCAAGAAGGUGACCAAAAUAUUCACCAAGGACAUUCUAUUGGUCAGAGCCAUUAGGGAACUAAAGUUUAUGAAGUUUUUCAAGGGACAUAAGAAUAUUGCAUCGUUGCUUGAUUCUGAUAUUGUCUAUGUGAAGCCUUACGAUGGGCUCUAUUGUUUCCAGGAGUUGGCGGAUCUCGAUUUAGCCAGGGUUUUAUAUUCAAAUGUCCAACUUUCAGAGUUUCAUAUUCAAAAUUUUAUGUAUCAGAUGUUAUGUGGUCUCAAGUACAUACACUCGGCUGACGUCAUACACAGAGACUUGAAACCAGGAAACAUUUUAGUGACAACACAGGGAACACUCAAGAUUUGCGAUUUCGGUUUAGCACGAGGUAUCAACCCAAAGUUUUUCAAGAACCGCACUGCCACAAUCACCAACUAUGUUGCCACCAGAUGGUAUCGUGCGCCGGAGUUGAUUUUAUCCACUAAAAACUAUUCAAAAGCGGUUGAUGUUUGGGCAAUGGGCUGCAUUUUAGGCGAAUUAUUUGGAAGAAGACCGCUUUUCCCUGGCAAGAAUCUGCAUGAACAGAUUCACGAGUUGUUCAAGGUUUUGGGGAGCCCACCACCCGAAACGAUUAAGAAAUACAACUGGAAAAUUGAAGGAAUUCUGUGGGUAAAGUACAAAUCUGCCAACUGGAGAUCGAUUUACCCGUUCGCCCCCACAGAAGCGAUAGAUUUAAUACACAAUUUAUUGCAGUGGGAUUGCAACAAGAGAUUCACUGUGGAGGAAAUACUUGAACAGGAGUUUUUCAAGUUUGUGAGAAAUGUUACUGAAGAGGCAAGUAGUAGAUUGCUAUUUGAUUUUAGCUUUGAGGAAAAGUCGUGUAGCAUACCCCAGUUGAAGGAGGUAUUGGAAGCAGAGGUUAGCGAGUUUACUGAAAUCUGCAAUACCGGAUAG